GCCUCAACCCACAACGCAGCAGCACCCAUGGCCGCUCGCCGAGUGGACGGGUCCUCCUGGCCCGGCGCAUGACCAAGGGCCCUCUUGACGCCGAUGGUGUCCUCGACGACCCGCUCGCCCCCGAUGCGCCGACCAGCACCAAUGCCAGCAAUGCCAGCAAUGCCAGCACCCCCAGCACCCCCUCGCGCGUCCUCUCACCCACACGCUCGCCCAUAGCCUCUCCCCCGCCAGAAGCCAGCGCCGCCGCCAGCGCCAUACAGGCCAACCUCUCACUCGACGUGUCCUUUCUCCGCGACCCGUCCGCCUACCACGCGCUCCCCACCACCGCCCCGCUGCCCUUCCAGCAUGCUUCGAACAUCCCCUCUGUCGCAGCACCCAUAGCCUCGCUCCUCCUGUCCGGCCACUACCGCCUCGCCGCCAUCGCUGCGGCACGCAACAUCGUCUCCGCCGCAGCAUCCACCGACUACCCCACGCUCUUCCAUCUCGUGCACAUCCGGCUGGCCUGUCUCUGCUUGAUCAGCGAGCACGCGCUUGCAGCCCAGGAAGCGAAAGUCUUGGGCGAUCUGAACAGCGCCUUCUACCGCCACCCGCUGACGAAUGUGCAUCUCGUUCCCUGGGAGCUGCGGCUGCUGGUUGUGCGGUUGACGGCGCUGGGGUAUGGCGAAUGGCGGAAGGGGAUCAUGGGCUACUAUGAGCUGGCGAGGGAGUGUCGCGAGAGCAUCAUCCGAGCGGCCGAAGAGCCUGAGAGGGCACUCUGGAGAAGGAGACUGAGCGAUUGUGGGAUUCGGGUUGCGAAUACCCUCGUUGAGAUGGGUGAUUUGGAGGGCGCGGGGAGACAUUUGGGGACGUUGUCCAAGAACGGCGGCGACACGGGCUCAGCCGAGGCCAGGGAAGCGCUGGUCAUGGAGACGCUGGUCUGGCUAAGAGUCGGUGAUCUCGCGAGCGCACGACGUUGCCUCGCGGGAGCAUCUGAAGCUGAGAGUGAUGCGCUUCUUGACGGUACGCUGGCAGCACUGGUGCAGCUUGCAGACUCCGACUACGAAGCUGCAGCGUCAUCCUUCCGCAGUCUGCACGAACAGUUCCCUGAGGAUGCCAUGGUUGCUCAGAACCUCGCCGUGUGUCUACUGUACACAGGCCGCAUCCCAGAUGCCAGGGACCUGCUCUCGAACCUGGUCGAUCAGAGUCCACCUUUCCACUCCAUGGUUUUCAAUCUGAGUACUGUGUUCGAAUUGUGCACGGAGCGGAAUAGGGACAAGAAGGCCGAGAUGGCAGAGAAGCUUGCAGGCCGGAAGGACGGCGGAGGUGUUGGCUGGGAGAGAAGUGCAGUCGAGUUCAAGCUAUAACCGCUACUCGACUAGACGCGAUGUUACGAGUUACGAUCUCAGAUAUGUUUUGCUGGUAAAGAUGUACGAAGAAUAGAUUGACAUGAUCUACCAUAUUCAGGAAGCUACCUUGGCGGAGCUAUAUAUCAAUGAUUGCAUCGCGGUGCAGUCUUCUCCCGUCAUGCUCUUAC